AGCACCGUGAUAAGAAUUAACCAACUCGAAUGUUGCAAAAGCCUAAUAAACGUUGGCUAAUAAAAACGGUGAAAGAGGCACCACUUUUCAAGUAGGGCGGGCCUUGUAGCUAUCAAGCCUAGGAUGGUUUUCCCCAUGCGCAGGCAGGGAGGUGAGGCCCCGUCAUUUACCUAUUACACUGGCCUCGCUGCUCUUCCAAUCACAACAUAGGCUACCACGUCUACAGGCAUUAUUUGCAUUUCUACCGAAAGUUUAUUAUAGAAAACUAAAUGGUCAUGUAAACUGGAUUGCGUUGGAGAGAAAACGAGUGGAAAAGCACGGACACAUUGGAAAGGACUGGAGGAUGGACAACUCGAAAGCGCAAAUGCCCAAGCUAUCCCAGGAGGCAGACGGUGGUCUGGUUCUGGGUAGCCCUGUUUGUGUCAGACUAGAAGCUGUGAUGGAGCAGCUCCAGAGACAACAGGAGGCCAAGCUGGAGAUGGACCGGCAGGAGAAACACCUCCGCCAGGCCCAGAAGAUGUUCGCUAAACACGUAGCCGCGGCCCGGGUCACUGGAGCCCCCCUGGACUCUGCAUUCCUGGCCAAACGGGUAGAAGGAACCGGGACAGGAAGGACUCCUCAGAUGGGUCAGCAACAGACAGAGGCUGGUGGCCAUAACAGCAACAGCAACACCAACACUCGGAGCUGUGUGGAUAGGGGGAACGAGAACGGAGAAGAGGGACUGGGAGGUGACGGGUCGGAGGAGGAUGAUGAGGAGGAGGAGGAGGAAGAAGAAAGGAUGGAGGGUGAAGAAGAUGAUGAUAGAAUGGAGCAUGGCCACAUGACGAAGAUGUCUCCCCUCCAGCAGGAGCGGUCCUUGUCAUCUUUUCCUCCGUAUUCUACCUCCCCGUCAGCGGCUGCCAAACACAGAGCCGCUUCCCCUCCUAUGAAUCUAAAGCGAGGGUCUGGGGAGAAGGACCUGUCUACCGCAGAACAACGCUUCACAUCACCCAAUGGAUUUGGAGAUUGGAGCUUUGAUGACGGACCAUUUAAGCAAAAAGGCAGUGGGGGCUGGGCGGAGGAGAAUGAAGGAGGUAAAACAAGAGGAGAGCCGUCCAGAGACUUUGCCAAGCUGUAUGAACUGGACAGUGACCCAAAUCGGAAGGAGUUCCUUGAUGAACUGUUUGUGUAUAUGCAGAAACGAGGCACCCCGGUCAACCGCAUACCCAUCAUGGCUAAGCAGGUGCUGGACCUGUACAUGCUCUACAAACUGGUGACUGAGAAGGGCGGGCUGGUGGAGGUCAUCAACAAGAAGAACUGGAGAGAGAUCACUAGAGGACUCAACCUGCCCACCUCCAUCACCUCCGCAGCCUUCACCCUCCGCACCCAGUAUAUGAAGUACCUGUACCCAUACGAGUGUGAGAAGAAGGGGCUGAGCUCUCCAGGCAAGCUCCAGGCUGCUAUAGACGGUAACCGGAGGGAAGGCCGAAGACCCAGCUACAGCAACAACCUCUACCACUUCUCCCCCUCCACCGCCCCUGGCCACCCACACCACUCCCUCCUCUCUCCCCCCAAGAUGCCUCACUACUCCUCAGCCGGUCACAACGACCUGCACACCUCCCCCAGCCCAUCUCUGAAGAGAUCCGCAGAGGAGAUGUCGACUCCCAUGCCGCCAAGCCGCCUAACCAUGACCCAUGCUCUCUCCCUGGGGCAGCAGCAGCUAGCCCAGGUCGCCAACCUGGAGCACCUCCGAGAGAAACUGGAGAGAGGAGGAGGAGGAGGAGGGGAGGGCCCAGACAGGAAGAUGGCCCGCUUGACCAUGGAGGAACAGCAGAGACUGAUGCAACAGGCCUUCCAACAGAACCUGCUGGCUAUGGCCGCUCACUUCAACCCCGGCAUGAAGCAGCUCAAACUCAUCAACGACAACGGACACGAGAGUACCGGUAAGCAGGACCUGUCUCUCAGUAUCUCCAGUAACGGGGCUGCCAGCAUCAGUGUGUCUGUGGAGGUCAAUGGAACUCAAUACUCAGGAAUGCUGUUUGCCCAGAACACUCCUGGUGCACCCUCUGUGAUGUCUGAGACCAUGCCUCCUACUGGACAGAGUGGUUGUGGUGUCCUUUCCUCCUCUCAAAGCCCUUCCUCCACGUCCUCCUCUUCCUCCAAGGGGCCCAACUGAGCAGAGUGCUCCACCACUGAACCCCCGCCAGUCUCUCUCCAGUAUACUAAUGUUAUUCUAUUGUCCUGUGUUGAGGACAAACUGGUGUACCAAUCAAAUGACCUCUUCUCUAGUCAAACUUAAUAUAAUCUGUGUUAUUGACGACAAAUAGGGGUGGAAUUUGAAAAAGUCACUCUGGGAGAUGACCAAUGUAAAAUUAUAGGAAUUUACCUUAAAAACAAAUGUACAUGUCAAGGUAUUGAAUGUACAACCAACUGUUGUCUCUGGUUAAAUAUUAUAUAAACUAUUACUUUAUCUAUGGUCCUCCACUGAACACACAUUUGCUUGUAUACAAACAAUGCAUUUUGGGAAAAAUCUUACAGCCAGGUGAAGAAGCAACAUGAAUAGUUUUUUUAUUUUGGUAUGUUUUAUUAAUAGAUGUUUUUUUUUCCCCCAAUGUUUUUAUUUGUUGAUGA